UGUUCUUCAGUCUGGGAGUGAGUGAGGUACGUGACACAGACAACACAGCAGUCAGUCACACAGACGGUACGUUAGUGUCCAGAGUGAAGGUACACUUUAUAAAAGUCUCAAGUGAUCUAUCCACGGUUCUAUAUCCACGAUGCCUCGUGACAGAGCUGCCGAGCAACUGAACGAGUUCAAGAAGAAGCAGACGACUCCUGAAGUCUUAACAACCUCGCAAGGAUGUCCCCUGGCAGACAAGCUCAAUUCCCUGACAGUGGGUCCCAGAGGUCCUAUCCUCCUGCAGGAUAUCCAACUCCUGGACGAGAUGGCCCACUUCGACAGGGAGCGCAUCCCGGAGAGGGUAGUGCACGCUAAGGGCGCUGGUGCCUUUGGACACUUCGAAGUCACCCAUGACAUUACGAAGUAUUGCAGAGCCAACAUAUUCAGUGAGAUUGGGAAGAAGACACCUAUUGCUGUAAGAUUCUCUACUGUAGGAGGUGAAAGUGGUUCUGCAGACACGGCUAGGGAUCCUCGUGGCUUCGCUGUCAAGUUCUACACCGAAGAAGGGAACUGGGAUUUGGUUGGCAACAACACACCCGUGUUCUUUAUCCGAGACCCUAUUCUUUUCCCUUCAUUCAUCCACACUCAGAAGAGGAAUCCAGCAACGCACCUGAAGGACCCUGACAUGUUCUGGGACUUCAUAACCCUGAGACCUGAGACCACGCACCAGGUCACCAUCCUUUUCUCGGACCGAGGUACUCCUGAUGGCUACAGGCAUAUGAAUGGUUAUGGUUCUCACACUUUCAAGCUGGUGAAUGCUGAGGGAAAAGCCGUUUACUGUAAAUUCCACUACAAGACUGACCAAGGAAUCAGAAAUUUGAGCGCGGAGAAGGCCGACGACUUAGCUGGAACUGACCCUGACUAUGCUAUUCGUGAUUUGUACAACGCUAUUGAAGACGGUGACUACCCAUCAUAUACUAUGUACAUCCAGGUUAUGACAUACGAAGAGGCUGAGAAGCACCGGUUCAAUCCUUUCGACUUGACCAAAGUGUGGCCACACAAGGAUUUCCCUCUCAUCCCUGUGGGACGCCUCACUUUUGACAGAAAUCCUAGGAACUACUUUGCAGAGGUGGAACAGAUUGCCUUUUCUCCAGCAAAUAUGGUCCCUGGCAUCGAAGCAUCACCCGACAAGAUGUUGCAAGGACGUCUUUUCUCCUACAAUGACACCCAUCGCCAUAGGCUGGGCGCAAACUACACUCAGAUACCUGUCAAUUGUCCUUAUCGCUCUCGUGCUAGGAACUACCAGAGAGAUGGGCCAAUGACCGUCGACUACAACCAGGAAAGUGCUCCCAACUACUUCCCAAACAGCUUCUCUGGACCUAUGGAUUGUAAAAGGCAUUCAGAGUCCACUUUCACUUGCUCGACCGACGUUAAUCGGUACAACAGCGGUGAUGAAGAUAACUUUACUCAAGCUGGUAACUUGUUUAGACAUGUCAUGAACGAAGAGGAACGCCAGCGGCUAGUCAGCAACAUUGCCGGUCACCUUGUGAACGCACAGAAGUUCUUGCAAGAUCGUGCCAUCAACAACUUCAGCCAAGCUGAUCCCGAGUACGGUGCUGGAAUACGCAGGGCUCUCGAAAAACUACAGAAGGCAGCAGCGUCUCACCCUGUGAACCUUGUAGCUACUCCUGCUUCCAAUGCCAAGCUAUAAAGAAAAGAAUAAAGAUUGACAGCGUUGUAACAUCAGUGAUAAUAAUAAUUAAGGAAGUUUGAUAUAUUUAAAUAUGUAUUGUAUUGCAUUUGUCUGUAAUGUAUUGGUGCCUGUUAGUAACAGCUAAGUACACUAAUAUUCAUUAAUAUAAAUACAAUGUCAUAUGGUUGGUAUAAUGGGAGAUAUAAUUUCUUUUGUUAUAUACAAUAUUUUAUUUUUUCCAAUGUUAUUCCAUUUGUUUAUGUUGCUGUGAAGUACUUAUCAUAAUGUGUCAAGUGUGAAGCACUAAUGGGUAUAAUCUUGCAGUUUUAAUUCAGCUAAUUUACCCAGGAUAGAGUAAAGUAUAGUUGUAAGAGAGAGCAGUUUAUUUUAUCUAUGUUAUUUCACCAUAUGAGUGCAUGUCAUCCAUGAGAGAUUCACUUUUCAAUUUUGGGUUUUGUUGGCGUUCCUUAUUAGGCAAACCUUAAUGACCUCUUAACUUUUAAAACACUAAAGGGCAGCUAUCACGAAGUCUUCGGGAAAUACAUGACUUGUAAAGGAUGAUUAGCCAAAUUGCUAUGCAGUCCAGUACCAAUAGUUCCCAUUGUAUGCAAUUUUAAUUAAAAUGUAAUUUUUAUUAAUAUGAUUGUAAAUGUUUACGUUCAAAUAAGUAAAGAAGUUAUGUAUUGUCUCGUAGGAGCUCUGAUGCCAUACAAGGUUGUUAAGGUCAGAUGUAGCCUAGUGCUUGCUUAGCCAAGAGUUCUCAAGCAUUUUGUAAUAUAAAAUUCAAUAUAAGUAAAGUGCUACAGGUUUCAAAACAUAAGAAUCCUUCUUAUAUUACUUUGAAAAAGUAUAUUUAUCUUUAGUUUUUAUUUUUAGGUUGUAUUUUUAGGGACAGAGUUUACAAUUUAAUCCUGUUAAAUUUUGCACAACCACCACAAUGCAAAAGUUUAUUUUCUGCGAAAAGUAAGGUACACAUUCACCACAAGACA